UAAACACAAUUCCCUCAAAAAGAAAUACAUAUUCACCCACAAAAACAAACCGAACACAUAAUUUUUCAUUUGAAUUCCAUUUUGUGUUGUAGUAUUGUUAAUUAUACUUUGUAUUUUGCUCAUUUUCAAGGCACCACCAACCAUGGAGCACGUAAGUCCACUCCCUUGCUGGGUUUCAACCAUCUGCUAUACUAGUUAAUAAGUUCGAAAACGAUACAUAUCAAUGUUGGCAUUCCUAAAAGUUUAACAACUAUACUAAAUACUAGUAUAUAUAUAUAUUUAUAUGUGUUAUAUAGUCAAAAGACUUGCUGCAACGUAAACAUAUCAUUGAAGUUACUGCUGCUAGCAGAGUUUAUAUCCUGUAAGCUUUGCUCUUAUACAUAUCACUAUUGUUGGUUACGUACGCUAACCUAUAGAGUAUUAUUAUUAUUAUAACUGUUAUUUAUGAACGUUGCUAAGCGAGAGCAUUUUAUGAAACGUAGUGCUUCUUUUUAUUUGUGGUAAGCAGCCAAGUAUUGAAGACUACGUAUGAAUGUACUAUAUAAAGUUCGUUAGUUGGGCUGUUGGCGUUAAGAUAUACAUACAUAUAUUUAUUGAAUCAUAUAUAAAUGUGUAUAAUAAAGUUUAUUGUUGCAAAGCAUUUACUGUCUACAAUUCUGAAACGUUUAAUGGCGCUCUUAAAUACUAAUAAGGCUUUCAAAGCUGCAGCGCUGCAGAGAAGUUUCUCCAAGGCUGAGCGUGGGCAGGCCUGUCAACUAAUCUCAGACCUAAUCCACAAAAGUGGUGAAUUAAUGCUAAAGUCCUUGCGUGAUGGUCUACGCUUUAAAACAAAGUCACAUCCACGCGAUGUUGUAACGACUACAGACAAGGCAGUGGAGCAGUUGCUGAUUUCGGGCAUAAGCAAAGUGUUUCCGGAGCAUCAAUUCAUAGCCGAGGAAGGCACAGCAGGUGCAGCCAAGUCUAAUGUGCUCAGCGACGCACCCACUUGGAUAAUUGAUCCCAUUGAUGGCACAAUGAACUUUGUGCAUGGCUUUCCACACUUUUGCUGCUCGAUAGCGUUAUAUGUGCAGAAGCAGUGUGAGCUCGCCUGGAUCUAUAAUCCCAUGCUGCGGCAGAGCUAUGUCAUGCAACGUGGCAAGGGCAGCUACUUCAAUGGGCAGCGUGUGCAUGUUAGUGGACAAGAGAAGCUGCAGCAUGCGCUGGUCUAUGUGGAGUGGUCCGUGCGCCGAACUGAAGCUGGCGAUGUGGCAAGCACGCAAGCCAUGCACGCUCUAUUGCCCAAGGUGCAGGGCAUACGCUCGCUUGGCUCCACAGCUCUCAAUCUGGCGCAGCUGGCCAGUGGCAUGUGUGAUGCGUACUUCCAUUGUGGUCCACAUAUAUGGGACUUUGCCGCCGGUGUGCCCUUAGUGCUGGAGGCAGGCGGUGUUGUGCUGGAUCCUUGCGGCGGUGAGUUCGAUCCGCAGUCACGUCGCAUGCUGGCCGCUGCGAGUCCAGAGCUGGCGCAGCAACUUCUACCGCUUGUGCCACAAUUGUUCUUGCCACGGGAUGAGUAAAUCACAGCAGGCUUCCU